CCUUAGGGCUUUUGGUCAAGCUCGUUGAGCAUUGUCUGUGUACUCCGUUAUUAUUACGGUGCACGGUUACUUUGGUCAUAUUCAUAUUAAUACAUACUUUAUACUUGUGUUUAUUUUCGGUUUAUAACCUUUUUUGUAUGUUUCAUGUACUUGUUGUUCGUGUUACCUUGUCUGUGUUUUGUUUAUGGUAUUCCUUAUUGCCGUUGUAUAUUAUUGCGGUGAGUAUAGUUGAUUAAAGUGCUUUGGAUUGUCUAUAAAAUUUUGGUAUAGAUGGUUGUCUGUUUGGAUUGUGUAUAACAAUUCAUGCAGUUUAUUUUCGUUCUGGCACAAUUGCCUGCUUAAAUGUAGUUAUUAUUAAUAAUGCAGUUUGACUGUUAGGAUGCUAUUUGAUUGAUUAUCAUUGAAGAUUGGAUAUUUUGGCUCUCUUUUAUAAUUGAUAGAGUACUAUGCUUGACAUUGGUAUGGGUUCAUUUGGUCAAUAUCCUAUUCCACAUGAUGCUUUUUUUGGAACUGAUGCAACUAUGAAUUCACCUUCAGUCAUUUGUCGUGUUCGUAAGACUAGGGAAAUUCCUUACAACACUGACGACAUUGACCACGUGAGUUGUUUACGUGGUUCUUCUAAAGUUAAUUUGAAAGAUGAGAAUCUUCGUGUUACCUCUGGUAGCUAUUCUCCACAUCAGGUUUCUAAUCCUAUUUUGAAUUCAUGCACUGUGGUACCGAAGUCCGUUACUACUAUAAAUUCUACUUCAGAUAUAGUCACGGAAUCUGUUGACUGGCCACCAUCAUCUAUUGGAGUAUUGGAUGAUUUUGCUAACUAUGUUGAGAUAAAUUUUGCUGAUUAUCGCCCACUUUAUGAGCGUGUGGGCCCGAUUACAUUUCGUACUUCAUUGCAGAAUGGUUUACUAUCACCUGCAGCUGAUUUGCGUUUAGUUCCUGAUGCAUCGUCUUUGUUGAUUUCUCAAAAUUCUACAAUGCGUGUAGUGUACAAUGCUUAUUGGUUACCUAAGCAAUUUCCGAAGAUCGCCUUGAAAGUUGCUGUCAAGAGUGUAAAGGACUGUAAUGCUCGUGAUGGUCGCAGCAUAAAGCGUGAGAUUGGAUGCCAUUUGUAUAUUUAUCAGAAAUUGAUGGGACAAACCCUGGGAUCAGGUCGUCAAUCUCGUAUUAUGACUGACGACUGGCCAACUUCCGAGGUUUUAGGGUACUAUCUAGAUAAGAAGGACCCUGGCACAGCUUUAUUAGUUACACGUAAAUUGUUUGGUCCUGAUUUUUUUGAAAUAAUUCGUUCAGAGUGUUCAUCUCGCUUCCCUUCAUCACGUAACACUCCUUUAUAUGAGUUGAACAAGAUAGACUGGUGUAUCAUUGCUCUAGAGCGUGUAUCUCAAUUUUCUGAGUUGGGAAUUCGUCACAACGAUCUGAAGCCUGAUAACAUUGUGCUUGAUAUGUAUGAGCAUGGUGGAGUCAACCGUAUUGACGUCAAGGUGAUUGACCUUGGUGCAGCUUCAAUGGAGUUUACUAAGGAGUUCACUGGUGGUACUUCGUGGUACGAAUCUCCUGAGCAGCGCCUGUUGGAGUAUUACACUAAGAAGCACAGCAAUUCUAAGCGUGCUCAGACUAUUGAGAUAGACCGUUCUUCUGAUGCCUGGGGCAUUGGUUUAUCUGUGAUUGAGGUAUUACUUGGUCGUCGUAUGGUUGAUCAUUUACGUUCACCUUUUGGUUCAGGUCCCCCUGCGUUAUUGAAUCCUCCUCAGGAGGUUGACCCUGAAGAGGGUCGUUUAUGGUGGAACCGUGACGAAUAUUGGACUAUUCCACCUUGUGUUUGGCUUUCUACUAUUCGUGAUGUUUUACAAUUGGACUCUCCUAAUCAGAGAUUCCCGAUUUGUGCUAAGGCUGCUCGUUAUGUGUUUGACCAUUUGAUGUUGGUUGAUCCUCGUGAGCGUGCUUCCGUUGGCAGCGUUGCUGAGGGUCUUCGUGUUUUGGCUAAGGGUGAGAUUGCUAGGCACAUGUAACUGAUAUAAUAUUCAUCUUUAGCUUU